AUGGCGGUGCCACACGAGCCCGAGCGCCGCGAGCUCGUCUUGUCUUCUCUCAGUCCCGAGCGGCGGCAGCUGGUUAUGGAGCUGCUGCUCUCCUCUGGGGCAAAGUACUCCAAGGAUGACCAGGGAGGAUACACAGCCGUGCUGCAGAUGGAGAUGUCGCCUGACCUUGAAACCACACCAGAACGGAGAGUGAGCUGGUCGAAUGAAAGAGAAGGCUUAAUGCAAGACUCUGAGCAAGUCUUUCACGAGGUGAGAGACUUCCAAGAGGAUCCGCACUCUGCAGCUAAUCUGGCCUCCAGUUCAGGUCGCAAGUACUCGGACGUGAUGCCAGAAGAGCUGCACUUUGCCAGUGGCUUGGAAGGGUCGAUUAGGGGCCACAAAGCUAGGCAGCACCUCGAGAAGCUGUGGGGGCAGAGUGCGUCACUCACAAAAGUGGGCAGUAAAGUGAUGACACGCUGGUCCAAUGCCGAGGCUAGGGAGCUAAGAGCAGAGGACUUUGCGUUGCCAUUUGUGGUGGAAACUGCGGAGCGCUUUGAGGAGGUGGCGGCAGCGCUGACGCCGCCAAGGGGCCCCGUCAAACAGCGACCACUGAACUGGAUCCUCAAAGCCAUUGACGAGCUCUUUGACAAGCGGUACGCCCUCGAGAUCUCAGAGCAGAAAGCCGCAGUCGACGCUUACACUCAGAGCCGAAGGCGGAGCCACGACAGCCAGGGCUCGGACCACUCCGCAGAAGAUGCCCCCAGCACUUCAGGCUCUGAUGUACUGGAAGGAAACGCUUCGUUCGCAGUGUUUCUGCUCCAGACAUACCGCAAGAAGUACGGACUCCGCCAACUGGCUGAGGGCGCAGUGUGGGAGCUCCUUUGUAACGUGGCCAGGGGCGAGCAGCAGGAUCUUCACCCAGCCAUUGCAAGUCUUGCGGGGUUCCUGGCAGGGCAGUACUCGAAUGACGAUCUAGAGUUCUUUUUGUACUGCCGCCAGAAGGUGUCCGCCGAGCUGCAGCGGAAUCCGUCCCACGUUCGCCGGAACACGGACGCCGGGCUUGCCACCGCUACGUUGCGCAAAGAGCAGACCGUCAGCAUGACGCGAGCAGUGCUGGGGAAGGUCGCCGGAGGGCCGCUGCUGGCAGAGCUGUGCCAUGCUAUUGAGCAGUUCUUUGAGGGCCAACUAGAGUCAACCCACAGUCGGAAAAUGUCGCGGGGCGAACGUGGACGAGGCACGAUAUCAGCCUAUCAGUAUCUGAAGCUGGUAAUGGACUCAUACCGAGCGACCAUCGUGUCCGAAAUUGACGAGGGGCUAAUAACCAGCCACGAAUCUUCAGAAGGUGAAGACGACGGUAUUUAUGCGGAGAACGAGGAAGGGUGGGAUGCAGAAGAAGAAGCGGAGCCUGAACAUCGAGAGUCUCAGGAAGACGAGAGGCUAAUUGCUUCGGGGUUAGCAAAUAGGGGGAGGUUUUCUACAGGUCUAACGGGAAGGAGCGAACCCUAUCUAGUCGGCUUGACGAGAGAGGAAAGACGCCCUUGUCUGACGGAAUAUUCAGAUGAUGGGCGACCGGAACGUCCGAGGUCGAGCAACGGAAGCGAGGGGGAUGGAACAGACCCAGUGACGCGUGAAUUUUCUACAAGUGUUGGUAGAGCCCAUCAGGAAGAAAAGGGCGAGACAGACAUCAGCGCAACUUCCGCAGGGGGCCGUUUGUCGUGGAGCGAACGGUUUGAGAGGCUGCUCCAGGGAGAUGAUGAGAGGAAUGGAGGUGAAAGCAAGCCUGUGGAGGAGGAUGUGGGGGACACGAACGGCCAAAACGACGGACGGCCGUUCCAAGCUGGAGACUCGGGAGCGAGUCUUGUAGAAGAUUCACGGAGGAGUAAGUUGCUUGGUAGUCAAAGAAACAGCUUUCACCGGAAGACGUCAUCUAUUCUUGCUGAUCAGGUGGUAGGAGUUCAAGCGACUGCGCUGGAUCUGCCUACCCAGACUUUCGUCGGGUUUGGAAGCGAGCCUUUGACCCAGAGCACAAGUGAGCUGGACAACUUCUAG